AUGGCAGUUACACAAAAUCAACUUUCAGGCAAUCUUCCAUCAACAUUCCCUUAUUUAGAAUACCUUUAUCUCGGCAUUAAUCAUCUUUCUGGAGCAUUACCUAGUUCAAUCUCAAAUUCUUCUAAUCUCCGUCUUAUAGAAAUUGUUAAUAACAAGUUCAUGGGUCCAAUUCCUACUUCUAUGGGAGACCUGAGGUUCCUUGAACUGCUGGAUCUAAGCGGCAACCUUUUAGUGAGUGACUCCUCAUCUCCAGAGUUGAGCUUCAUCACUUCAUUGGCAAAAUGCAAAUAUUUGGCAAUAUUGCUUUUGGGUGGCAAUCCAUUGAAUGGGAUCAUUCCAGACUCGGUCAGUAAUCUUUCAACUUCCCUUGAACAACUAAAUGCACCGAAUUGUAAAAUAAAGGGCAGCAUUCCUGAUGGAAUUGGAAAAUUGACAAGUUUGAUCCUAUUAGAUCUAUCAAACAAUGACUUAAGUGGGUCGUUGCCAGCUACAAUAAAAGAUUUACAAAAGCUUCAAUACAUGGAUCUCAGUAUGAACAAACUAAUUAGCAGAGUCCCCCUGCAUUUGCUUUGUGCUCUCCACAACCUGGAUACAAUGAACCUUGGACAAAAUCAAUUCAUGGCCUCAAUUCCAAAGUGCUUUGGAAAUCUUACUUCCCUAAGGCAUCUUAACCUAAGUCACAACAGACUAUAUUCUGCUCCACCUGAGGAAAUAUGGAACCCAAAAGAUCUCUUAAUGCUUGACCUCUCCUCAAAUUUGCUGAGUGGAUCUUUGCCAUAUGCUGUUACGAAUAUGAAGAUGGCAAAUUGGGUAGAUUUCUCAACCAAUUAG